AUGUCAUUAUACUACGAAGCUUCCGACAUCCUCGCCAAUGCAGAGGCAAAGGGCGGCUCGUUGAAGAAUCGCAUCUUUGGCAAGAAAGAUCUCAAAAGUUCUCCUGGCGCCAUCUUCGCUCUGGUUGCCGAAACCACAAAAUGGAGUUCGGUUUUGAAAGAAGUCAUUGAAAAGAGCGAUGUUCUAAAACUCGAGAAAAAGCUGACACCAACUCUUGCACUGCUCUUAUGUCACGAUCUUAUUCUAGCCAAAAAGGGAGUUGCAGCUCCUAAAUCGCAUCCUCUGAAUCUCGCCAUCUCUCGUCACAAGGCCAGAUUGAACGCCGAGUUUACCAAAUGUCGCAUCAAGGGCAGGUUCGCAACCUUGGAUGCCUUCCGUGCUCACAUCAACGCGACCGCUGCAGAUGAGAGUGCUGAAGCAAGUGCGAACGGCACUAAGGCGUUCCACCCUCGAUGGGUUCGUGUCAAUGCUGUAAAGACAUCCAUGGAGAAGGCACAAAGCACUUUCUUCGCCGAUUUUACCAAGGUCUCAUCGUUGAAGGAGCUCAGCACUACUCCCCGUGGCAUCUAUUUGGACGAGCAUAUCCCAAACCUCGUUGCUAUCCCUCCUUCAAUAGAUCUUUCCAAGCAUGCUGCGUACCAUGCCGGCGAGAUCAUCUUUCAGGACAAAGCCUCGUGCUUCCCUGCCUAUCUUCUGGACCCUCAGGCUAAGGAUGGGCAGGUGAUCGAUGCGUGUGCGGCACCUGGCAACAAGACUACACAUCUUGCUGCAAUUCUGUCGUCACAAAAAUCAUACGGGUUGAAGGCAUCUGUCACAGCUUGCGAGCGCAACCCUAUCAGAGCUCAAACACUGGAGAAGAUGGUCAAGCUGGCUGGUGCUAGCAAAAUCAUCACCGUGAAGGCUUCCCAAGACUUUACAAAACUGGAUCCUCGUUCGCAAGAAUUUGCUGACGUUGGUGCUCUCCUGCUUGACCCCAGUUGUUCAGGUAGUGGUAUCAUCGGUCGUGAUGACACUGCAGUUUUGCACUUGCCGUCACUGCCUUCAUCUGCUCCUGCUCCGUCAAGCAAGAAGCGAAAGAGAAAGGCAAGCACAGCUGUCGAGGUUCCAGUCCCGAUCGUUGAGGAGACCAAUGAUGAGCUCAGCGAAGAGACCCCACAAGCAGCCGAGCUCGAGAACGAUGAAGAGAAACUCAAGACCAGGUUGAACAAUCUUGCUGGAUUCCAGCUCAAGAUUGUACUUCAUGCUUUCGCCUUCCCAGCCGCCACCAAGGUCACGUAUUCAACAUGUUCUAUCCAUGCAGAGGAGAACGAGAAUGUUGUCGUUAGGGCUCUAGCUUCGAAGAUUGCUAAAGAACGUGGCUGGAAGCUCAUGACGCGGGAGAAUCAAGUGGACGGCAUGAAGAUAUGGGCAAGAAGAGGUGAUCCCGAAGCUUCGAAGGAAGCACUCCGAGGUCAUAAAGGCCUGGUCAGCGCGGACGUCCUUGCAGAUGCCUGCAUUCGCUGCGAAAGAGGCACUGAUGAGGGAACUAUGGGCUUCUUCGUUGCUGGCUUCGUCAGAGAUCCUGACGCGGAUACCUCCGAAGCAAAUGUUGAGAACGGCGUCAGCGAAGGUGAAAAUGAAGAGGACGAUGAAGAUGAUGGAGAUGAAGAAGAAGAGUGGGGAGGUUUCGACGACUAA